GCUGGACUUACAGCAUUACCCUUGGCAUACUCAGCGCCGUGCUGAAUCAUGGCAGACUCAUUCACGGCAUUGUCCGUGGUCAGCUCAACCGUAUCGCCGAUAAAUAUUUGGUUCCCCCAAAGGAUCUAUCAGGCACUUCUUUCCGCCAUCAUGGAUUUAGAUCUACUGCAAGUCCGUAUUGUUGUCGACUGCUCUCUAUCAUCACAAACUCGUUUUUGCAGGUGUCCGCGCCAGGCUUGGCGUACAUCUGUCUUGGUGGUUUUGUAGUCUUGGUUCGUUCUAUCUCCCUCUUAGUAUUUUGUUAUCUCCACAUUGCUGUUGUUCGUGGUGUCUGUUUAUGCUGACUCUUGACUGCAGUUCUCGAUGGUAUCCCUCCUAGUUAAAGAAAAGCUGUAUAUAAAUGAAGUCGUCCUCGGAACCGGCUUCGGGAUCAUCAUAGGUCCUUAUGUUGCCAAUGUAUUCACACCCCGCGAAUGGGGCACCUUGCAAAAUACCAUAACAUUAGAGGUCAUGCGCAUCGUCCUCGCCACUGGCUUGUUCGCGGUCGGAGUCGAAUUACCAUGCGCAUAUAUGAAAGAGCAUGCCAGGAGCUUGCUCAUAAUGGUCGUGCCUACCAUGGCCUUUGGUUGGGUCGUUGUCGCCGGUGUCACACAAGCACUAUUUCCUCAGCUCAAUUACAUCUCAUCUCUUUGCAUUGCUGCGUGUUUGACCCCUACGGACCCAGUUACAUGUGCUGCCAUCACACGCGGCAAAUUUGCCACUAAACAUGUCCCUGUGAAUAUCCGUCGAAUAUUGUCUGCGGAAUCCGCAGCGAAUGAUGGUCUUGCAUACCCGUUCCUUGCGAUAUCCAUAUACCUCACUGUAGAGACGUCCGUUCGAGUUGCUAUCGGCAAGUGGUUCUUGGUGGGAUGGUUAUACCAGGUCAUACUUGGCACCGUUUUGGGCGCCAUUCUAGGCCUUCUAUUCUCGAAGCUCAUGAGGAUAUCCCAUAAUAAGGGCUUCAUAGAUCGUGAAUCAUAUGUCGCACAAUACCUGGCUCUGUCCAUCUUCACCAUCGGAAUCGCGAGCACCAUCGGUGCAGAUGAUCUUCUUGCAGCGUUUGCAGCAGGUUCUGCAAUUUCUUGGGACGGUCACUUCAAUGUACAGACAGAAGAUGACGUAUUCUCUUCUGUGAUAGACUAUGUCUUGAACUGUGGCUGCUUCAUCUACAUCGGCGCUUGGCUGCCUUUUGACGCCUACAACGAUCCCAUACUCGGGAUCACCCCUUGGAGGCUUCUUCUUCUUGUGAUCGCUAUUUUGGUCCUGAGGCGAAUUCCACCAUUAUUGGCGCUCUACAAGUUCGUCCCCGAGAUUGCUUCCUGGAAGGAAGCGUUAUUCUCUGGUCACUUUGGUCCAAUGGGAGUUAGCGCAGUUUUCGUAUCUGCCCUAGCACUUACGCGUUUACCCACUCCGGAACACCCGCCUGCAAAUCAAGCACAAUACCUUGCCGCAACUAUUCAGCCUAUCGUUUCCUUUGUCGUCCUUGGUUCUAUCCUCGUUCAUGGCUUGUCUAUCCCGUUCUUCAACAUUGGCCGUGGCGUGCACUCUCGCACUACUUCAUUGACUAUGACGUGGACAAGCCGUACUCGUGUUACGGUCCCGGACUGGGUUCUUUGGGCCCGCCGUGCUCCCGAUAUUGUGGAGUCAACUGCGGAUGAAGAUGUGGAGCAAGGCUCUGCCAAGACUCCUACAGGUUCCAAUGAACCUGCUGUGGAGACUGGUAUCCCGGCCGUCGCUGUAACUUUCGAUGAUGUUCCUGGGGAUGCCGAGACAAUCGUGACCAGACGUCAUUCUCUUGGUAUGGACGACCCUUCUCCGGAACUGGUACAGGUUGAGGCUAUCAACAAUCACGACGGACCAGCGAACUUGGAUAGUGGUGCUCCAGAUGAUAAUCAGAUCAAGAAUGUACGCUUCCCGUCCGCUCAAUAACAACUACCGAGCGUCUGUGGAUUGGCAUGUAUAAACUGUACUGACUUGCACGAUAAACACGACUCGUCAUGUUACAUACGAUACAUCACCCUCAUUGAACCUCCUGCUCCUUUACCUACUACUUCCUCCUCUGCCCUUUUCCUCCCAACUUCCCCUUAUGGUAGGAAUAAUGAUAUUAUGUUCCCAAACAUGUUCCCCCUUGUGCUUCAAUUGUCCGUGCAACGGACAGUUAAAUGAGGGUGAGGGAAGCA